AUGGCAAAAAUGAAUAAGGACAAGAGCAUGGACAGUGGCAAGGCAGUUUGCUACCGGGUGCCUCGUUAUUUAGUCAUUAUCGUGAUUGUUGCCGUCCCCUCGCCUCUGGACCCCGUUGCUUGUGAUGGCCGCUGUCCUGCGUGGAAGUUUCCGAGAGAUGUCAGCACAGAAAAGCACCGGGCCAUUAUGACAAUUGGGAUUAACAGGCCAGAAGCUAGCAAUGCCGUAAAGCAGGAAACUGCUGCUUUAUUUUUACUGACGUUCAAUAUGUUUGAAGUGGAUUGCUCUAGCUUAUACAAGCUGGGUUGCUUCCACACGACACUGAACUGGAAGAUGCACUCCAGCGGCUACGCUCCAACCACUGACAGGUGUUCUGUCCGUGGGACCACACCAGAACUAAAGGAAAGAGGUAAUUUCUGUGCUGGUUAUGAUUUGAAAGGGCUGGCUCACAACCCGACCUCAAUCAAAUUGGAACAACAUGUCACCAAAGGUCCUGGUCCCAUGGUAUGUGCUUGGAAAUACAGCUCCCCAGUGUGGAGAGGUUUCUGGCAAUUCAGUGAAACUAAGCUCAAUUUCCAUGUGCGCCAGACAAUGUACAUGGAGGGACAUCAGCUGACAGCUCGCCAGCCGACACCAGUCGAGGAUGGUGUGAGGACCUCUCCUCCUCUCGUCAUCUCUUUUUGCAGCAUUCACGUGCUGGCAGCCAGAGAAAAAGAAAAAAAGGUGUUAUUGCUAACUUGCCAACGAGGGAAACUUCCAGGAAUAGACCCGAGUUUCUCCACUUUGCCACCAGAUGUCCGUCAUGAGCAGGGAAAUCUGGUGACCGAACGCUACCCAGAAGCCUGUAUCCACAGCAUUUUUGAAGAUAUGACAGUGAAAGGAAAGUCUGAGUGA